AUGCCUUCCCGGUUAGGAAUCAGCACAAUGUCGCUCGGCCGAUGCUGGGCUGGCCACAGCUUUGAGCACAAGAUGGACAUGGCCGCCAAGUAUGGGUACCAGGGCAUUGAGCUUUGGCACGAGGAUCUCAUGGACGUUGCCGAGCAGUUGCCCGGCGGUGCUGCCUUGAUCGACAACCAGCUCGCUGCUGCUGGAAUUGUCAAGAGAAUGUGCGAUGUCCGCAACAUCGAGAUCAUCUGCCUUCAGCCCUUUCAACACUUCGAGGGGCUCAUUGACCGGGAGCAGCACGCCCGCCGCAUCGAGGAGUUGCGUGUUUGGAUCCAGCUUGCCCAUGUCCUCGGCACAGACUUGAUCCAGAUUCCCAGCAACGUCUUGCCCGCAGAGCAGGUUUCUGAGGAUCUUGAACUUCACAUUGCCGACCUGGCUGAAGUGGCAGACAUUGGUGCUGCGUCCAACCCCCCUAUCCAGUUCUCAUAUGAGUCUCUCUCCUGGGGAACGAGAGUGGAUGUAUGGGAGACGUGCUGGGAGGUGAUUCAACGGGUCGACCGGCCCAACUUUGGCAUGUGCCUCGAUACAUUCAACAUUGCUGGCCGCAUCUUUGCGGACCCCACCGCAGCUUCCGGAAAGGUGGUCGAUGCCGAGCAAGCUGUCAAGGACUCUAUUCAGCGGUUGCUCACGACUGUCGAUGUCUCCAAGAUUAUUUACGUCCAGGUCGUCGACGCUGAGCGCCUCGCUGAGCCUAUCUGCGAAACGCACCCCUACUACAAUGCCGAACAGCCGCACCGCAUGUCUUGGUCAAGAAACUGCCGCCUGUUCUAUGGCGAGUAUUCAAGAGGCGCGUAUCUUCCUGUCCGGGAACUCUGCGCCGCCAUCUUCCAGGGUCUCGGUUUCGAGGGCUGGGUUAGCUUUGAGUUGUUCAACAGGAGGAUGUCAGAGGAAGACCACGGUGUGCCCGAGGAGUUGGCAAAGAGGGGAGCUGUCGCUUGGUCUAAGCUCGUGAGAGACAUGAAGCUGAGAGUAGAAGAGCCAUCAGCACAGGUCACGGCGUCACUAUGA